AUGUCUGCAGCCGUUGGUAACACUAGUCAAACUAACGGUUAUCAUCUCUCCAAUUCAAAUUCGAAUCUUGAGGGCGAUGAUUUCGUCAUUACUGGUGUCAGUGGCCGAUUUCCAGAAGCGAAUUCGAUAGAUGAGUUUGCUUACAAUCUUUUCAAUGGUGUCGAUAUGGUUACAGCCGAUGAUCGUCGUUGGCCUGAAGGACAAUAUGGUCUACCAACACGUAAUGGCAAACUGAAGGAAGUCGAUCGAUUCGACGCAGCCUUUUUCAAUGUUCAUCCAAAACAAGCACAUAAUAUGGAUCCACAAUUACGUCUUUUACUGGAAGUGACAUACGAGAGCAUAUGUGAUGCUGGAAUAAAUCCAGCAAAAUUGAAAGGAACAAAAACCGGUGUUUUUAUUGGUGCAAGUGGCUCCGAUGCUCAAAAUGCAUUCUCAGCUGAUCCACAAACACUAGAAGGUUACAGUAUGACCGGCUGUGCAACAUCAAUGUUUGCUAAUCGACUUAGUUACUUCUUUGAUUUCAAAGGACCAUCCUAUACUGUAGACACUGCCUGUUCAUCAAGUCUUUUAGCACUUGACUGCGCUUUGAAUGCACUGCGUAAUGGUGGAUGUGAUGCCGCAAUUGUCGGCGGAGUUAAUUUAUGUUUUCGUCCGCAAACAUCGUUACAAUUUUUGAAAUUACAAAUGCUUUCCAGUGAUGGAGCAUGUCGAGCAUUCGAUUCAAGUGGUACAGGUUAUGUUCGAUCAGAAACAGUAGCAACUGUAUUUAUACAAAAACGACAUGAUGCGAAACGUUUAUACGCAACAUUGUUACAUUCGAAAACGAACACCGACGGAUGGAAAAAAGAUGGAAUCACAUUUCCAAGUGGUGAAAUGCAAAAAACUUUACUUGAAAAUAUUUACAAUGAAAUUCAUUUGGAUCCAAAUACUGUGGGUUAUGUUGAAGCGCAUGGAACAGGAACUCGUGCAGGUGAUCCUCAAGAAAUCAAUUCAAUUACACAGGUUUUCUGUAGUAAACGUCAACAACCAUUACUUAUUGGUUCAACUAAAUCAAACAUGGGUCAUCCGGAGCCAGCGUCUGGCGUUGCAGCUCUGGCUAAAUUACUUGUUGCUAUUCAAGAUGGUCAUAUUCCAGCUAAUUUGCAUUACAAAUCACCAAAUACUGACAUACCGGGUCUCACUGAUGGUCGUCUCAAAGUUGUCACCGAGAAAACUAAAAUUCCAAAUAAACUUAUGUCAAUAAAUUCAUUCGGUUUUGGCGGCGCCAAUGUUCACGCAGUACUUGCAGCCAAUGAAGAUCGAAAAGAAAAUGAUAAUCCUUCGCGAAACCAACCACGUCUCGCAGUUACCUGUGCACGUACUGCUGCCGGAUGUGAAAAUAUUCUUAAACAACUAAAAGAAUCGGAAAGUAACAUCGAAUUACAAGCAUUGAUCACUGAAAAUGCAUUUCAUCCAUCACACACACAUCCCUACCGUGGUUUUACCUUACUGAACUCUCCAGAAUCAACAGUCACUGUGCAAAAAUGCUCGAGUGAGCGACGACCCGUAUGGUUCGUGUUUUCUGGUAUGGGCACGCAGUGGUCUGGUAUGGGCCGCGACUUAAUGGAAUUAAAAUUUUUUCGUCAAUCUAUUGAACGAAGUGCCAAUGUACUUAAAAAAUAUGACAUUGAUUUGUUUAAACUUAUUUUAUCAUCGAUACCUGAAGAUCUUGAUAAACCAGUGAACAGUUUUGUUAGCAUUGCUGCUAUACAAGUUGCAUUAGUCGACUGUUUGAAAGCAGUUGGUGUUGAACCUGAUGGUAUUGUUGGACAUAGUGUUGGUGAAUUAGGUUGUGCUUACGCUGAUGGCUGUUUCAAUGCCGAAGAAACAGUUCUAGCUGCUUAUUUUCGUGGAAAAUGCAUUCAAGAAGCAAAUCUUCCAGCAGGUGGUAUGGCUGCUGUUGGUUUGACAUGGGCAGAAUGUAAAGAAAUGUGCCCAUCGGAUAUUUCACCUGCUUGUCAUAAUGCAGUGGAUACUGUUACUGUCUCUGGACCGAAACAGAGUGUCGAAAAGUUUGUUGCUGAAUUGAAAGAGAAGAAAAUAUUUGCUAAGGAAGUUGCUUGUAAUCAAGUCGCCUUUCAUUCACAUUACAUGAUGGAAAUUGCUCCAUCACUCCGAAAAUGUUUAGAAAAUGUCGUUCGCAAUCCACCGAAACCACGUUCAGCACGAUGGAUAUCAUCAAGUGUACCAGAAAGUCGUUGGAACACACCGUUAGCUUUGACAUCCUCGCCCGAUUAUCAUGUAAACAACUUAUGUAGUCCAGUUCUAUUUCAAGAAGCAUUACAACAUGUUCCAUCAAACGCUUUGACUAUCGAAUUAGCACCACAUUGUCUUUUAUUGGCUAUUCUUAAAAGAUCAUUAGGUACGGACUGCGUACAUUUCAAUCUGAUGAAACGUGGUACACACGAUCACGUCGCAUAUUUCUACAAUAACUUAGGAAAACUCUACAACGAAGGUUUGAAUCUUAAUAUCAUGGCAAAUUAUUCGCCAGUUCAAUAUCCUGUUCCAGUCAAUGUACCAUUCGUAUCUCCUUUGAUUGCUUCCCAGUGGGAUCAUUCUCAAGAAUGGAAAAUACCAACAUUUGAAAUGUUUACCCAAUCGUUAGGUUCAGCACAACAAGCUAAACAUGAAAUUGAUCUUAAUGAUAGUAGUGAAUAUUCAUUCAUUGUUGGUCAUCAAAUCGACGGUCGUUGUUUAUUUCCUGCAACGGGUUAUCUCGUUCUAGUUUGGAAAACAUUUGCUAAAAUACAUAACUACGAAGAUUACCGGCAAAUGCCGGUUCUUUUCGAACAAGUUCAAAUACAUCGAGCAACGAUUUGUUCAUUAACGAACAAAGUCGUAUUUUACGUAAAUAUCUUGCCGACAAAUGGUACAUUCGAAAUCAUCGAGAAUAAUACGGUUAUUGUCACUGGUCGAAUAUCUUCAAGCGAAAAACUAACGAUGCAACAAUUCUAUAGAAAAGAUCCAUUAAAUUCCCGAGAAAAUCUUUUACAAACAAACGAAAUCUAUCGCGAUUUUAAUCUCCGCGGUUACGAAUACUCCGGUUUCUUCCGUGGAAUUAAACAAAUCAACAUCGAUGGAACUAAUGGUGAAUUAACUUGGAAUAAUGACUGGAUCUCUUAUUUGGAUACAAUGUUACAAGUUCAUCUGAUCCCAUCUCAAGGCUUACAAUUACCAACACGUAUUGAUUCGUUGCGUAUCGAUCCCAAGUUACACAUGGAUUCGAUCUCUUCAUCCACAUCGACAUGUUCAGUUUAUGUGGAUUAUUGGAAUAGUCUCUGUUUUUCUGGUGGAAUCGAACUAGUCGGUUUACAUUGUACAGGAACAUCGAAGAAAGCUAAACAACAGAAUACAAUUCUUGAAUCUUAUUUAUUCACGCCGUUUAAUGACGAAAAUGUCGCUAAUGAACUCGACACAUGUCUAUAUUUAGCAUUAGAGAAUACAUCAACUACAACAUUAACUUUAUGUCAAAUUGGAAACGAUAAAUUAAGUAGUGAAGUUUUCAAUUUCUUUUCUCAACAACCAUCGAUUAAAUCACUUGAAUAUACACUUGUAACAUCAGCAUCAACAAAUGAAAUCAAUCAAAAGAUUCAGACGACGGAUAGUGUUUCAUCUGUGACAACACCCGUUGAUUUUGUGUUUGUUAAUCGAACUGAAACAAAUACAUACGAUUGGGAACGCAUAGUUUCGGCAUGUAAAACGAAUGGUUUUCUCCUUCUUUCAUCGGAUCUCGAUCUACCAACAAAUCAACUAGAAAAGGGCAAUUUUGUUCAAGUUGCCAAAAGAAAAUCUUAUCAAUUGUGGAAAAAAGUAUCCAACGAAGAACUUCGCGAUACAAUCGUUAACUUAGACAGUCAACAUUUUCAAUGGAUUGAACAAAUCAAACCGUUACUGACAAAUCCAUCGGCACAACGUAUUUGGCUGGUAUCGCAACAAAUCGACAACGGUAUUCUCGGAUUUUUCAACUGUUUACGACGUGAACCUGGCGGACAGUCACUUCGUUGUGUACAAAUUCAAACUGGUGAAACUGUUCUUAAUGAGAAUGUUUGGGAAACACUGAAAACAACAGAUUUAGCUGUAAAUAUUUAUCAGAAUGGUGUUUGGGGCUCUUAUACUCAUCGACAACUACGAACAUCGAAUGAGUCCAAUUGGCUUGAUACAGAUAAUGCUCAUGUUAAUGUUCUCAAUCGGGGAGAUUUAUCGUCAUUAACAUGGCUACAAUCACCGGUAAUAACAAAUGAAAAUGUGGAUAAGAACAAUUUUGAUAUGUGUACUGUACAUUAUGCAUCAUUGAACUUUCGAGAUAUUAUGUUAGCUACCGGAAAAUUAAGUCCAGAAGCAAUUCCCGGCUAUUUGAAGAUGCAAGGAUGUUUAUUGGGCUUGGAAUUUGCCGGAUUAGAUUCAGUCGGUCAACGAGUAAUGGGUCUCCUCUCAGCUAAAGGUUUAGCUACAAAGGUAGCCAUUGAUAAACGUUAUUCUUGGCGCGUUCCUGAUCACUGGACACUUGAACAAGCCUCAACAAUUCCUGUUGUUUAUGCAACAGCCUAUUAUGCAUUGGUUGUUCGUGGUCAAAUGAAACGCGGUGAAAAAGUUCUCAUUCACGCCGGUACAGGCGGUGUUGGUACAGCAGCCAUAGCCAUUGCUUACAGUUACGAUUGCGAAGUCUUUACAACAGUUAGUUCGAAUGAAAAACGUGAAUACUUAAAACGACGAUUCCCUCUUUUGAAUGAUGAACAUAUUGCCAAUUCACGUGACACAACGUUCGAACAACAAAUCCGAUUUGCCACCAAAGGCAAAGGUGUUGAUAUUGUAUUGAAUUCUCUCGCUGAAGACAAACUACAAGCAUCGGUUCGUUUACUGGCUCAACAUGGUCGAUUUUUAGAAAUCGGUAAAUUCGAUCUUUCACAAAAUAAUCCAUUGGGCAUGAGUGUCUUCUUGAAAAACACGACAUUUCAUGGUAUUUUAUUGGAUUCAUUAUUCGAAAAUGCCAGUGAAGAUUGGUUACGUGUUCAUCAACUUGUCGAACAAGGUAUUCAACAAGGUGUUGUUCAGCCAUUGCAAUGCAAUGUGUUCAAUGCUAAUGAAAUCGAACAAGCGUUUCGUUUCAUGUCACAAGGAAAACACAUGGGAAAAGUUGUCAUUAAAGUUUAUGAUGAAUCUCGACCGUCGGUUCGUGCUCUACGAAAGACAUGGUUUUCACCGAAUAAGACUUAUAUUAUCACUGGUGGUCUCGGCGGUUUCGGUCUUGAAUUAACAGAAUGGCUUGUCGAACGUGGGGCAAGGAAUUUAGUUCUUUGUUCUCGUAGUGGCAUUCGAACAGGUUAUCAACUGAAGAAGAUUACUUAUUUACAAACAUUCUUUCAAGCUGAAAUCUCAAUCUCGAAGUUGAAUAUUACGAAUGAACAAGAAUGUGAAGAAUUAAUUGCAAAAAAUCCUUUACCGAUCGGUGGAAUUUUUCACUUAGCUGCUGUUUUGCAAGAUGGAUUAUUCGAGAAUCUAACUGUCGAUCUCUUCGAUCAAGUAGUCGACAUCAAGUACACCGGAACGAAAUAUCUCGAUCAAUUCACCCGCAAACAUUCGCGAGAAACAUUGGAUUAUUUCGUUGUUUUUUCAUCAAUCAGUUGCGGUCGUGGUAAUGCUGGACAAACUAAUUACGGUUAUGCCAACUCAACUAUGGAACGUAUUUGUGAACAAAGACAAAAAGACGGUUUUCCAGCAUUGGCUAUUCAAUGGGGUGCGAUCGGUGAUGUAGGCAUGGUGAUUGAAAAUCUGGGUUCAAAUGAUACCGUUGUUGGGGGCACAUUGCCACAACGAAUGGUCUCAUGUUUGGAAACGAUGGAUUAUUUUCUUCAACAGUCAAAAAAGAUUCCGGUUGUUUCUUCUUACAUUCUUGCGGAGAAACUACAAAAAACAUCUGGAUCGUCCGAUGCGUCGGUUAGUUUACUCGAAACCAUUGCACAUAUCUUGGGUAUACCUGAUGCAAGUACAAUGUCAUCGGAGAGCACAUUAGCUGAUCUCGGUUUGGAUUCCUUGGGUAGUGUUGAAGUAAAACAAUUAUUGGAACAAAAAUAUUCGGUGACAUUGGCAAAUUCGAAAGAAAUCCAACAGCUGACAGUGAAACGUUUAAGAGAAAUCGAUUCCGGUUCAUCGCCAGCACAACCUGCAGAAACCAAACAAGUACCGCUCCCAUCAGCAAUCGAUCUCAGUCAACUAUUACCAACUGAACUGAUGGUUUUAUUGCACGAACAAGUUCAAACGAAUAAAUAUCAACAUCUAUUUCUUAUCCAUCCAAUCGAAGGUCAUGUUCAGAUGUUAAAAGAACUCGCCCAACUCUUACCGGUUACAGUGUUCGGUCUUCAAUCCACCACCGAUGCUCCCAAUACAUCAAUCGAAGAUAUUGCAGCAUACUACAUCAAAAAAAUCGUUGAAAAACAACCAACUGGUCCAUAUCUAAUUGGUGGCUAUUCAUUUGGCGCUUGUAUUGCCGUUGAAAUUUCUUUACAACUGCCAACCAUUGCCCAGUUAUUGUUGCUCGAUGGUAGUCAUUCGUAUGUUGCUACUCAUACCAGACAAUAUCGAACGAAAUUCAACGAACCAAAACAUGCUGAAGCUGCUGUGUUAUACGCUUUUCUUCAACAAUAUAUUGCACAUCUCGAUCAGAAAAAGAUAUUGUCUGAAUUAGCAGAUCUUUCAUCGUAUGAUGAACGUUUACAGUAUGCAGCGGAAUUACUCGAUAGUAAAGUGAACAUUGGCAAAGAAAAAAUCAUUCAAAUUGCCAAACAGUUCCAUAAUAAACUACUCUUGGCAGAAAAAUACGUUCCAUCAAAGAAAAUUCCAUGUCCAACAACGCUAUUUCGUGUACAGACCGGUAGUGAAUACAGUGACACAAUUGGAAAUGAUUACGGACUAUCAACGAUCUGCACGAAUCCACCACAAGUAGCCGUUAUUCCUGGCGAAGUAAACAAAUGUCAUCCGAAGAAGAAAAAUCCCCAAUCAGACUCAUCAAUCAUUUCUUCACACUCAAGGACGUGUGUUGUUUUUUUUGUAAAUAAUCAUCAUCUCAUGGCGACAACUGCUCCGGAUAUGGAUCUGUUUGUCGAUAAUCAACCGAUGAACGACGAAGAAUUAACGAAAUUACAUGAAUCCACAUUGCAAAUGUUUCGGUCGAAUAAAAUUGGACCAAAAAAUGCAUUUGAUAUCGUUCUCAUCGAUUACUUACCUGCGAUAUUCGAAGCGACCAGUUUCGAUGAUGAUCAUAUGAAUAAUUUCCAGUCUGUCGGCACUACACUUGAAACAUCAGCAAAAAUCUAUGCUGCACGUAUUGAUUCGCUUUACUCAGAAACUCGAAAAGCUCAGUCAAUUCUUCGUUCAACCAAUGAAAAUCUCAAUCGAAUCAUGGAAGAAGAUGAAGAAGAUCUUGAUGAAACUGCUAACGAAUCAGAUUGUUUUCAACGGCGAAUCUCAAAUAACAAAAAAAUUCGUUUAUUAGUCAAACGAAAAAAAUCCGUUGUUACCGAUCGCAAUAAACUAUUACGCAAGAAUCGCAACGAUGAAUUUCGACCGAUUAUGAUCAAUCAAUUUUUCCUCUCGGCAAUGAACAAUGAUAAUAUCAUGCUGAGUGAACUUUAUGAUAGAAUGAAUAUUUCAUCGAAUCCGAGUCGAACCAGUCAAUUCGAUUCAAAUGAAAUCUUGUCAUUGAAUACAAAUACCAACGAUUUCGUUUGCGAUUCAUUAUAUAUCGAUACCUCUAAUACAUCGAUGUCAAACGAUCACAAUCUUUCUCCGUUAACGGAUGCAAGUACGACAAUGAACUCCAGUCAAUUCUUAACUCCGUCAAGUGUCACAACAUUAUCAGUCACUUCAACAACGACUCCAAUUCGAUCACGUACGAAUAGUUUAUCAAGUAAUUCGAGUAUUCUUACAAACGCGGCCAAUCUUCUAACGGACACACCAAACGAAUACUCGUAUUUGGAUUCGACGAAAGUCAAUGCAUUUAUGAACGAAAUUCAUACACCUACAAAAGUCGAUGAUGUCAUUCCAUCGCCAACAAAAGCGACUCGUAAACGGCGAUUAACAAUUGAAUAUCCAUUUCCAUUUCUUGUUGAACAAGCGAAAAAGCAACGUGUCACACCUAAGAAACUACAAGAAGAGCUUUUCAAACAAACGCUUCUUCCCAGACCACUGUCACCUGAAUAUAAAUUCUCGCCAUUCGAUGAUCCGCUUGAUGAUUCAGUGAUCAGCUCAGUUGAACUUCCUCCAAUUGUCUCAUUCAAUGCUGGUUCUACUGAAGUCAAUGUAACCAAACGGCAACGUGCAAUUGAUUUCCGCCAUUUACAAACCAGCAUGCAUCAUAUGAUUUCAAAGAGUUUUCAAGAUGAUCAUGAUUUAGUUUUUAGUGAAAUUUAUCCGAUUAUCCAUUCAAAUGAUCAACGGUCUUCAUCUGACGUGGGCAUUUCUUUUGCAGCUUUACUUAAUAAUGCUGUACGAUAUCAACUUGUAUUAGAAUCCAAUGAUAUACGAGAUGAUAUUCGUAUCUUACCUCCUAGAAUUCAAAAUCAACACUAA